AUGCCAAUUCAUUCUGGAGAGCCUUUCUAUCUUCGCGCUCUACUCCUCCAUCAACCCGCAACUUCUUUCAUCGACCUUUGCACAAUUGAAGGGCAUGUGUUCGAUACUUUCCAUGAUGCUGCAUGUGACCUUGGAUUAUUUGACAAUGAAAACAAGGGAUAUCUUGCCCUUCAAGAAGCGGUCAAAUCCCUCCGCACUCCCUCCCAGCUUCAAUUUCUAUUCUCGCAGAUCAUUCUUGAAGGUGCAUUGAGUGCCACUGCAUAUGAUCACGGAUUAACGGCACAUCAUAUGUUCAGUAUCCCUGUAACCGACGACAAUGUCAAUUUACAUAGCUCUAUUCACCCUCAUUCACCUCACGCUGAUCUCAUUCAAAAUGCAAUGGCUAUCAUCUGGGAUGAACUUCCCGCAAUCAACAAAGCAGUGUGGGAGAGCAUUGAUAAACUUUGUCACUUGGUUUGCAAUCAACCGGGAAUACUGUUUGGAGGACUUACCUUCAUAGGAUUGGGAGAUUUUCACCAAGCCAGUCCCAUUGUCAGUGGAGCAGGAGAAACAGCAACUCUUGUGGCAUCAGUGAAGUCAUCAACACUAUGGCCAAGCAUGUGCACCUUCAGUCUCAAUACUGCAAUCUGCAGUAUGGGUGAUCCUCAAUUCACAGCAUUCAUUGAUCGCAUUGGAGAAGACUGCUCCGGAAAUCAAGAGAAUCUCAGACUCAUGGCAGCCACCACCGACUUCAACAACACCAUUGACUUCCUCUUCCCACCUCACAUUCUCACAGAUGCAGAAACCUGUCUCGACUAUGCAUUUCUAUCCCCACUCAAUGUCUAUCUCUCUGCACCUGCACCUGUUUUCACUCUUCUUUCUGCUCUUGCUCCUGCUCUCACUCCUACACCUGCUCCUGUUGUGGCUUUUGCUAUCUCCCUUCCUUCUUCUUCUACUAGUAUUCCUCAAAAUUCAAGAUUUUGA